UCUAUUCAAUUUCCAUUUUUCGCUUGCCAAAGUCGGUUUUAUAAAUAUAAAAAUAAAGUUAAUUGAUCCUAAAUACUUUUAGUUAUUUAGGAAAUAUAACUAAAAUAACUACAAAAUGUCGAAAGCACAUCCCCCAGAAUUAAAAAAGUUUAUGGACAAAAAACUUUCAAUAAAGCUUAAUGCUGGCCGUGCUGUGACUGGUGUCCUGCGAGGUUUUGAUCCGUUCAUGAAUUUAGUUUUGGACGAAUCUGUUGAAGAAUGCAAAGAUGGACAACGUAACAAUAUUGGCAUGGUGGUUAUACGAGGGAACAGCAUCAUCAUGUUGGAGUCGCUAGAUAGAAUAUAGUAUUAUCUGAUUCCAAUCUUAAUUUAAGAAUUAGUUUUUAAGAUAAAAAAAAGAAUUGCAAAGAACAUUAAACUGUCUAUGUUAUAUCAACUUAAUUGAUCCUGUUCACAACGGUAAUGCACCUUCUAGCUUAUUUAAAUAAAAUUUGUAUAAACAUUAUUUUUAAAGGUUUUAUGUCCCAAAGAACACUGAACACUGGUGGUUUUAUACAAUUCUCAAUAAAAUGAAGCAUAUGUUAGCUAUUGUGCAAGUAUGGACAAUUCCAGCAAUAUGUGAUACAAAUUAAAAGUUAAGGCAU